AUGGCGGUCUCGUUUCUCCGAUUUCCAAUUUCUUCGCGGGUCCUCUCGUAUCCGACCCGACUCAUUCGGGUCACACCGGCGUUAGUACGGAUCUCUUCCUCCGCCGCAUUCCAGCAAUCCACUUCCCUCUCACCUUCUUCUUCAAAUAAUCUCGCCGAUAAAUGGGAAUCAUAUCGGAAGAAGAAAGUCGUCAUUCGGAUUGGGUACGUCGGUACCGAUUACAGAGGUUUGCAGAUUCAAAGAGACGAUCCUGCUCUUAAAACUAUUGAGGGUGAAUUAGAGGUUGCUAUACACAAGUCCGGUGGGAUUCUAGAUAGUAACUUUGGUGAUCUUCAUAAGAUUGGUUGGGCUAGAAGUAGCCGAACCGACAAAGGAGUUCAUUCUCUGGCAACGACAAUAUCGCUGAAAAUGGAGAUCCCUGAGACUGCUUGGAAGGAUGAUCCUCACGGCACUCUUCUUGCUAAGUGCAUCAGCAAACAUCUUCCUCAGAAUAUCAGAGUUUUCAGCGUUUUACCAUCACAAAGGAGAUUUGAUCCUAGAAGGGAGUGUACACUUCGGAUGUAUUCUUAUCUCCUUCCUGUUGAUGUUAUUGGAGUCAAGAAUAGCUUCACUCCAGAUGAGAUUGAGCAUCACAUUUCGGAUUUCAACGAGAUUUUAAAAGAAUUCGAGGGUGAUUAUCCUUUCCAUAACUACACACAGCGGUCAAAAUACAGAAGGAAAGCUCAACAAAAGUUGUCCCACAGAAACGGACGCCCUCCAAAGAAACCAAAAUCAAUCAAAGCAUCAGAAUCAGAGUUUACUGAGGAAAAAGAAGAAGAAGUUAAAGAAGAAGAGGAAGGAGAAGAAGAAGAAGAAGCAGAGGGUGAAUGUAAAGAACAUGUUCCUGAUUCUGAUAACUCUCAAGCGUACAUUCGUGCAAAAUGGCUAUACGAGCCAGAUGAGUCUGAUAAGCUGAGCGCAGCUCAUUUCAGAAAAGUGUUUCAGUGUCGUUGCGGGAAGCUUGAGAAUUCACUUGGAUUUGGCUUUGUGGAGAUCUCCAUAUGGGGUGAAUCAUUCAUGUUACAUCAGAUACGGAAGAUGAUUGGAACAGCUGUGGCAGUGAAGAGAGAGCUGCUUCCUAGAGACAUCAUAAGACUAUCUCUCAACAAGUUCACAAGAAUCGUUUUGCCUCUGGCUCCAUCUGAGGUACUGAUCUUGAGAGGGAACAGUUUCCAAGUGCGUAAAGUUCCGGGGAAGUUCCAGAGGCCGGAGAUUGAAGCAAUGGGAGAGUCAGAGGAAGUGAAUAAGGAGAUAGAAGAGUUUUACAGGGCGGUGUUGGUUCCACAGGUGAGUAGAUUCUUGGAUUCUGAGGAAGCUCCAUGGAAAGAGUGGUUGGAGCAUUUGGAGAAGAACGAUGGUUUGAUCGAUGAGGAUUUGGAACAUGUGAGGAGAGGUUGGAAUGAGUGGAGAUCGAAGCUGAGAGUUAACACGAGGAAGACGGAGAAUGAUGGAGAGUUUGGUUCUGUUUCAGAACCUGUGCAUCAAGCUCUGCAUUAG